AGCAAAGCAAAGAAAAGAAAAAGAAGGGAAGAAGAGCAGAGGGAAUAAAGUACACGCAUACCCAAAUCAAAUGUUUAUAUAUUUGUACCUUGAUCAUCAUAUAAAGCGAUCAAAGAUUCUUUCUUUAUCUCUCCUUCAUCUUCAAGUUGAUGGGUUUCUCUAGAAAAUAAGAACAAGAUAGUGCGGUUCUGGGUUUGUUUGUUUGUUGGUGGGUUGGUUGGUUGGUUAGUCGUCGUCUUCAGGGAGGCGGUGGUUUCUUUCACUCAUGGACGAUGAAGUGGUGAAGCGAGUCUUUCAGGAAGGGGGCCGUGAUUACUUCCAGCAACCAUCUACUUCGUCUUCUUCAUCUUCCAUCCUUCAGUCCCUUCCUCUUCAUGUGACUUUUGAUCAUGGUUAUUACCUGUUGGUGAAAUCCGUACAAGAACUAAGAGAGAAAAAGGAAGGUAUUGUAACUAUUGGCAUUGGCGGUCCAAGUGGUUCUGGUAAAACGAGCUUGGCAGAGAAAGUAGGAGCUGUUCUUUGUUGUACAGUAAUAUCCAUGGAGAAUUAUCGUGUUGGAUUUGACGAUGGAUAUGAUCUUGAUUUGAUUGAUUUUAAUUCCUUAAUUCAAAAUCUUGAGGAUUUACUAAAUGGAAAGGAUACAUCAAUUCCUGUAUUUGAUUUCCAAGAAAAAAGAGGCAUUGGUUCUAAAACAAUAAAGAGUAGUUCAUCUGGGGUGGUAAUACUUGAUGGUACAUAUGCUCUUCAUGCUAAAUUGCGCUCAUUGCUUGAUAUCCGAGUGGCAGUGGUUGGUGGCGUGCAUUUCAGCCUUCUCUCGAAAGUUCAGUAUGAUAUUGGGGAUUCUCGUUCAUUGGACUCUUUGAUUGACAGUAUCUUCCCAUUGUUUAGAAAGCACAUUGAGCCUGACCUUCACCAUGCACAGAUCCGAAUUAAUAACAGCUUUGUUUCGUCAUUUAGAGAGCCCAUCUACAAGGUUAAAUGCAAAAGUGAGUCACCUAAUGGAAAUUUGGCACUCACUUUUAGUGGGAACGAGACACAAAGCGAUAAUUUUAUAGAGAUGUACUUAAGGCCUCCAUCUGCAAGUGAGGAAGCGCAUAUAAAUGAUUGGAUUAAAGUGCGUCAAUCAGGGAUUAGAUAUUACUUAUCCUUGGGUGAUCAGAGGAUUGUGGAUAAACAUUUCAUCAUCCGGCCUAAAUCUGAGUUUGAGGUUGGGAGGACAACACUUGGAGGCCUGUUAGCUUUGGGAUACACAGUUGUUGUCAGUUAUAAACGAGCAUCUUUAUCAAUCAGCAAAGGAAGUCUCUCAAUAUCCUUAGAAACGAUUGAUUCUCUGGCUGAAACUUACCUGGUGCUAAGGGGCACAAUUAGAAAAAUGGUCGGAGAAGAAGCAUCGAGGAUGGGUAUAUAUGGGCCAUGGAUUACUAAAUCAUAUCUUGAGAUGAUUUUAGAAAGACAGGGUGUUCCACGCCUCAAUUCUCCUCCUCUUAUGUUCAAUACCCCGUUGACUAGCAGCAACCAAGAGACUAACAUCUCUGUGCCAAAGCCCCUCCGCAUUUCUCCAAAUAUUGUAAACAAUUUCGAGGAUUUAUCUCAGCCAUGGACACGUUCACCGACGAAAUCCAACAUGGAGCCCGUUCUUGCAACUUGGCAGUUUAUAUCGUCAGCUCAACCUCUUGCAGGUGGUUCUGUUGUUGAUCCUUCCUCUUUCAGGAGGGACACCUUACAACUUGCUCCGAUGCGUGAUUCAUACGACUUGGAUAGAGGCUUGCUUCUUGCAGUUCAAGCGAUACAGGCUUUGCUGGAGAAUAAAGGGCUCCCCGUUAUAGUUGGAAUUGGAGGUCCAAGUGGGUCUGGGAAAACGAGCUUGGCUCGUAAAAUGGCAAAUAUAAUUGGCUGUGAAGUCGUUUCUCUUGAAAGCUAUUACAAAUCGGAGCAUUCAAAGGACUUUAAGUAUGAUGAUUUUGGAUCUCUUGAUCUAUCUCUACUUUCAAAGAAUAUUGAUGACAUUAGAAACUUCAGAAGAACAAAAGUUCCUAUAUUUGACCCGGAAGCUGGCACUCGAAGUGGUUUUAAAGACCUUGAGGUUUCUGAAGAUUGUGGAGUGGUUAUUUUUGAAGGUGUUUAUGCUUUGCACCCUGAUAUCAGAAAGUCCUUGGACUUAUGGAUUGCAGUGAUUGGAGGAGUUCACUCUCAUCUCAUAUCUCGAGUUCAAAGGGACAAGACUAAAGUUGGAUAUUUUAUGUCCCAAAAUGAAAUCAUGACGACAGUGUUUCCAAUGUUCCAACAACACAUUGAACCUCAUCUUGUUCAUGCCCAUCUGAAAAUUCGGAAUGACUUUGAUCCUGUGCUUUCCCCCGAGAGCUCACUGUUUGUACUUAAAAGUAACAAACAUGUGUCAUAUCAGGACAUUCUUAAGAUUCUCGACCGUACAAAGAUAUGCAGUUCCGUACAAAAUUUCAUCGAUCUAUACUUCAGGCUUCCAGGAAUGCCUUCUAAUGGUCAGUUAACGGAGACUGAAUGUGUAAGAGUUAGAAUAUGUGAAGGAAGAUUUGCUUUGUUGAUACGAGAGCCUAUAAGGGAGGGGAAUUUCAUCAUACAACCCAAAGUAGAUUUUGAUAUCAGCAUCAGCACAGUAGCUGGCCUCCUCAACCUCGGGUACCAAGCUGUGGCUUAUAUUGAAGCAUCUGCAUAUAUCUACCAAGAUGGAAAGAUUCUUGUUGAGGUUGACCAUUUACAAGAUGUCCCAAGUCCUUAUACACAAAUAAAAGGGAUCGAUAAAGAAGCUGUUACUGCUGCUGGUUCUAAGCUUAAGCUAGAAGGUGGUUCAUGUACAACAAAGAGUUAUCUUCAAAUAAUUCUAGAUAGCUUGCCGGCAACUGAAAGGAAUUCAAGUGGGAUUCAUGCUCAUCAAGCUGCGAGAUUACAGGAACUAGUCGAAUUGAUUCAAUCUCAGUGUAGCAGUAUGAUGGAGAAACAAGGAGGCAGCAGCUCUACCUCGGAUUCAUCGCCAAGUAGGGAAGUUUCUCCACUCGAUGUCGUUAUUGAAGACAUGCAGUCCAGAAUCAAAAGAUUGGAACGUUGGCAGGCCAUAAACACCGUACUCUGGACAUUUUUUAUGUCGGCCCUUGUUGGUUACUCCUUAUAUCAACGAAAACACAAAUAAAAUACUUUUUUCCUUCUUUUUUUAUCAUUGAAAAUAUAAAGAGCUCCUGGAGAUAAAGAGGAAAUGUUAAGUCAUACUCUUGGUUCUUUCUUAUUUAAGGAGCAACUGAUGAAUGAUAUUACAUGAGAUUAUAAAUUAAAUCAAUUGUUGACA